UGGGAGCGGGGCGCGGGACGACGGGUGUUGAGGGCAGGCGGACGGGCUGCGGCGCUCUCGCCUCUGCUGCGGCCGCGGACACAGGCGCUGCCGGUUGCGGGCUAAUCAGUUCCGCCUACGAGCAGUUUCUCCGCCCUUCUACCCGUCGGAGCUCCAGAGCCGGGAUCCGCUCAACCGGCGUCACUAUGACCAAGGCCGGUAACAAGGGCGGGAAUCUCCGCGACAAACUGGACGGCAACGAGCUGGACCUGAGCCUCGGCGACUUGAAUGAGGUCCCGGUCAAGGAGCUGGCUGCUCUCCCAAAGGCCACGGUACUGGAUCUGUCCUGCAAUAAACUGACUACUUUACCGAUGGAGUUCUGUAGCCUCACACACCUGGUGAAGCUGGACCUGAGUAAGAAUAAACUGCAGCAACUGCCAGCAGAUUUUGGUCGUCUGGUCAACCUCCAGCACUUGGAUCUCCUCAACAACAGACUGGUUACCCUGCCUGUCAGCUUUGCUCAGCUCAAGAACCUGAAGUGGUUGGACCUGAAGGAUAAUCCCCUGGAUCCUGUCCUGGCCAAAGUGGCUGGCGAUUGCUUGGAUGAGAAGCAGUGUAAGCAGUGUGCCAACAAGGUGUUACAGCACAUGAAGGCUGUGCAGGCAGAUCAAGAGCGAGAGAGGCAGCGGCGGCUGGAGGUAGAACGAGAAGCCGAAAAGAAGCGGGAGGCCAAACAGCGAGCCAAAGAGGCUCAGGAGCGGGAACUGCGGAAGCGGGAGAAGGCAGAAGAGAAGGAGCGCCGGAGGAAGGAAUACGAUGCUCUCAAAGCAACCAAGCGGGAGCAGGAGAAGAAACCUAAAAAGGAAGUGAAUCAGGCCCCAAAAUCUAAGUCUGGCUCUCGGCCCCGCAAGCCACCACCUAAGAAACACACCCGAUCCUGGGCUGUGCUGAAGCUGCUGCUGUUGCUGCUGCUGUGUGUGGCUGGUGGGCUGGUGGCUUGUCGGGUGACAGAGCUGCAGCAGCAGCCCCUCUGCACCAGCGUGAACACCAUCUAUGAUAAUGCGAUCCGGGGUCUGCGCAGCCAUGACAUCCUUCGAUGGGUCCUGCAGACCGAGUCUCAGCAGUGAGCUUGUCCUCAACACCUGCUGCCUCCCAGCCUUGGAGCUUGGAUUCCUAUGGAAUUGGGUUCUGCUGGACACAACCUCUUUUUUAGCAUCAGACCUACCCGCCAUCAUCAAAUGGCUACCAACUGGUACUUGAGACCUCCUCUUUGUAGGACUUUAUUCCUUAGGGUUCCAUGUAGGGAUAAGGUGAAAUAGGAGGUAGGGACAGUUACCUGCAUGCCUAAAGGAAUAGGCUUGGGGGUCGGGAGAGAGAGAGAUAGAGAAAAAAAAAAAAAAAAAGCCUGUUCUAGUUGUUAAACCUGUAAAGGCCAGGUUUGUUUCUACUAAAUGGUCAGCUGUCACUACAUUUCUACUUUUGUAUGUCACAAGCCCUUUCAUUCCUCUCGGGGUAGCCAAGGCAGAGCAGGAGGCGCAGGGUGUUAUUGGGGACUAGGGGAACACCACACUCAGUAAAUCCAGUUUAAAUUGGGGGGGGGAGAGGGAGGGACAUAUCUAUUUUCUUAAGGACCUCAGACAUUCACACAUUUUAAUGACCAUAGGAAACCUCAGGCUGCAAAAGGGACUUCAAGACCAUCCGCUCCAAUGUAAAACACUAGCAGACAGGGCUUCUCAUGCCUUGCCUACCUUCUCCCAGCUAUCAGUAGUCUGAGAAAGAACUGGACUCCUUGACAUCAUUUUCCCUCUAUAAUUUUCUGGGAAAACAGAAUUCACAUCAGAUUUGAGAAUCUUUCCGCCAGAGUAUAAGAUUCUGCCAUGGUAGACUCAUGACCCACAAGUACAAAUAUCAUAGCCAAGAGGGUCUUGGGCAGUUGCUAUGGAGUCCUGCCCCAACUUCUGUGGCUCCCAUUAGAUGAGAGACAGUCCAGGCCCCCCUGCCACAGUUUUAGAGCAUUAACUCCCCACUUGUCAAUGGGCAAGGAUGCAGAUCCUGGCGAAGUCACAUUGUCUAUAUGACAGCUCUGUUAGUAGCUGGUUGACUACCUCAAAGGCAACCUGAAAACUCAAACUUCAUCGAGACAGGUUUAGAAUUGUCUCUUAGACCUAGAAGUAUACCCGCUUAAGGGAAACAAGUAGAAUCAUGGAGUUUACAAGUGGUGCACUGUUAAGCAUAAAUAAGGGCAAGACUGUUCAUUCUUGUGUCUAUGAAUGUGUUCAGUAUUUUCUUGCUGUGAUCAACCUCCUUUGCUUCAUCUUUUCAUAAUAGCUAAACAAAGGGAUCAAGAAAUGGUUACGUCAUGGCACUCACAGAAAGCUGAUUGUAAAGCUCUUUGCUUCUCCAGGGAGCAAGAACCUGUCAGUGCACAGUGACAGGGUGGGUCCACCAUUUCAGCCCCAUAGCCCAUUUGGAUCGUACUCCCACUUAAUAACCAUUCUAGUUCUAGAAGAAAUGACUUACCCUUUUCUCCCUGGAGAGAGUCUACAGCACAUGCCCACACCUUACUGAGUCACUACACAUUCCUUUAGUCUUCCUCCAUGCUCCAGAACCAUGGGUACAAAUGCUUUAUUGACACAAAACACAUUACAUCUGCUGAGAUUAAAAAAGAUAACAGAAGGCAGCACAGCACACCCAUUCCUUGAUUCAUUAAGGCAAUGUCAGUGAGUCAGAGGAAGGCUAAAUAUUAUUCUGAUCAAGCUGAUCCACUGAGGACAGUUAACUCAUGAUCUUGAGGUUGGAUGUUGAGGGUUCUUUUGGAUUUUUACACCAUUAAAUACAUGUCUGAGUGGUC